GCUUAAUAAAGACAUUGUGGUGUUUCUGUAUUGGUAGCAACCUCCAAGUGACUUCUGGAGCUGCCUUAUAAACUGGACAUCAAACAUACUGCAUGUUGGUAUUAGUUUUAACUUGGGUUACAAGUUAAAACUAACACUUGCGUGAUUGGAACUGAUGGAUAGGUCUGUGGAACUCUCUAGAGCCCACAAGCAAAUAGAGAAAAAGACAAUCUAUCUCUAUUUGUGAAAAUAAAAUAAAAAUCUGAAUUUAAUUAAUUAUAUUUGCUCAUUCAUUACUGAAAAAAGUAUUUAAGCUGUGGGUUCUGCCAAAACCUCACUCUCUCUGUCAGACAACUUCUCAUUAAACUCCAAAUAAACUCACUGGUGCAACAUAAAUCUUCCAUAUUCUGCACUUCAUUAGUGUAUUGGGUUGAAUUGUCCGAGGCAUUGGUGUUAAAUUAAAACUUUCUCCACUUCACUGAAGGUUUGUGUGCAUGUUACCAUAACAGCCAGUGUAACAGUUGUUGCCACAAUGUCAUCUCACUGUUCACUGCUGUUGGACAGAAAGAAGCAGAGAAGCUGGAAGCAGAAACACAACAGCCUGUUCAGUUUACCCUAAUUUUUAUAUAUAUAGUUGGGGUUUUUUUUGUUCCUACUGAGAUUUUAUCCAUUUUUUUUAUCCAUAUUUAGUGAUGGGCAGGGAGAGGAUAUUAGUCAGAGAAAAGAAACUGGAUCCAGACACAUGUCCGAUCAUUGUGGGGGCAAUAAAGAAAACAACACCAAGGAUACAACAUGUGAAGCCAAAGGAGAGGAUUAAAGUCAAGACAUCCAGGGGAAAAUUACCUACAAACAGAGGUAUAUCAACGUGUGAGGUAUUUGGGAAUGUAAUGAAGCUUUGUGUCAACUUAAUGCCUGCCUUAGCCUCAGCCCAGGAGCCAGAGCAAUCGGAGAGCAAGGACAACCCUCAAAAACAGGGAAAGAAGGAAGGAGGAGAAACUUUCUUUAGAAGAGAAAAGAAGACAACCGCAGGCAACAAUAUUGACUCCUCAGGCUCAACAUUAAAACAAAAAAUAAUAAAUACAAGUGAUUCAUUUUCAGGAUUAUCUCUGAACAGAGCUGCCGUAACCAAACAACCACGCAGGCCUUCAAUGCUGCCACCAAAACCUCAGUCUUUGUCACUUCCUGUGUGUUGGGACAAGAUCCAGAGGUUUCCCAAACCUUUACCUCCUAUUGGUUGUUCUGAAACCACUAUCCCCCCUUACUUAACAGCUAAAAUUGAUGAAGUCGAUGAAGGACUCACAGGACAACUCAUGGAUUCCAAGUUCUGGAUGGACAAUAUCCUGUUCUCUAAAAGUACAUCAGCUGAGUUUAGACUUCCUGACAUUUCAUUGUCCGGUCUGGAUGAUCUGCUGGAGACUGUUACACAGAAACUAAAGAGGAAGAAGAGACGUGGUGAAGGACCAGUUCAGUCUGAUCACCUCCUUAUGGCUAAACACAGAAAAUCCUGUGUACUAGAGAAGAGAAUUGGAUUACUGUCCGGCUUGUCCAAUGUGUGAGGUUAACAUCAUUCACAUUUCAACAUACUAUUUUUUGUCAAUUUUAUAUCUGGUGUAAAUAUUUAUUUUUUAAGUUUGUCUAAUAAAUAAUACAGUAUAAAAAUAAAAUAAUAUAGAGAGCGAGAAGACAUUUAGGUCAUUGAUUGGCAGUAGAAAAUGCAAAGGUUGGAUAACAGGAAGUUAAAGUUAAAGUGCAAGUGUCAGAAGAACCUGCUACUGACCUUUGAUUAACCACAGACUUCCAGUCAACUCCAAGGUGUUUUUGGUACAAAAUCCAUUAAAGGAACCAAUACAUUUAUUUUCUUUGGGACAAAACAACCAGGACAAACACAUACCUGUUGACUUUCAUACUGUCUGCACAUGUUUGACAUACAAUAAAUAUUACAGUGAAUAAAAUAGUGUUCAAGUAGAAUAUUGCAGCCUAAAUAUCCUAAAAGUACAGCCGUGUAACUUUCACACCAAAAUACUCCAAACAGUGUUUUAUUCCAGCAUAGUUUACGUUUGCAUAAUAAUUUUUUUUUAAAUUUAUUCAUUUUUAACUUUUACUUUUCAUGUGACGGGUUGAGGUAAGGAAUGAUGAUGCUGAUGAUAAAAAAAAUAAAAAUGUAACACUUCAAACAGUAUGUAACAAUCAUAAAGCUUUUGUUUUUCUUUGAAUAGAGGAAAUAAAAAUAACAGUAAUAAAGAACAAGCUACAACCUGAUCAGGGUCACACUAGAGGAGAAUUUGUAUUGAUGGUAAUAAGAUUUUUGCACCAUAGUUUGAAGCUGGAUAAUAAGAAAAGGACCCAAGGAGUCAAGAAUUUGUUCUUGAUUUUUUUUUUAGAAAAAUCACCAGAUAUUAGAAAUUUUGUUUUAAAUGGUAAAAUCCUAAAACAGGCAACAGUUUCUGAUGAACCUACUUGAUAUUAAUGUGUAGAA